GUCCUUUUGAAGCGCAGCCGCGAGUGUUGAGGACGUCUUCUUCUGUUAUCAGUUUAUAUUGUGUUACUGCUUUAGCGCGAUGUGACGCAGUUUGUUUUGAAGAAGCAUCUUUUUUCUCGUCAAACAGCUUCUGCCGGAGACACGCACACAGUUGCGGACAGCGAUGUCUGCUUUCAGCGCUGAGCUAAUAGACUACCUAGAGGGUAGGAUAACUUUUGAGGAGUUUGACAAGCGGAGGGAUGAGCGGAAAGCAAAGGAGUCUGAGGUGUCAACUGAAGAGCUGGAGGACGAUGCUCAGCCCUCUACCUCAGCACAGAUGCCGAAGACCGAGGAGGGAGUCAGCCCGGGGGUCCAACUGGCCUUCGCCUCCAUGCUGGAAGGAACGCCAGACCUACCCUCUUCAGAAGAGGAGGAGGAAGACGAGGAAGAAGAGGACAGCUUGAGCUAUCUGGAUGAUGAAGAUGAUGAGGAUUACAAAGUGGAGGAAGAGGAGAGGCGAAAAGUGGAGGUGGAGGUGGAGGAGAUGGAGUUUGAGAUGGAGAAGAAGCGGAGGCGAGGGAGAAGAGGGAGAGGACGCAGGAAGAAGAAAGAGGAGAUGGAGGAGGAGGAGGAUCCGACGGUUGGGGACGUGUUUGCGCUGGAGAUGGAGCUGAGUCGAGAAAACAAGAAGAUGAUGAAGGAGCGGCGUCAUCGCAGCAAGCUGCCCCGAGCGCUGAGAGGCUUGAUGGGAGAAGCCAACAUCCGCUACGCCAGGGGAGAGAAAGAGGACGCCAUCCUGAUGUGCAUGGAGAUCAUAAGACAGGCUCCUCUAGCCUAUGAGCCUUUCUCCACAUUGGCUAUGAUCUACGAGGAUGAUGAAGACAUGGACAAAGCGCUGCAGUUUGGUCUGAUCGCCGCCCACCUGAACCCCUCCGACUGCGAGGAGUGGAUCAGACUGGCAGAAAUGUCUCUGGAGCAGGACAACAUCCGGCAGGCCAUUGUCUGCUACACAAAGGCCAUUAAAUACGACCCCACCAACGUGCGCUACCUGUGGGAGCGCUCCAGCCUCCACAUGCGUCUGGGCGAGCACAAACAUUGCAUGGACGGCUACCGCAGGAUCCUGUCGCUGCUGCCGCUGGAGGACGGAGAGCAUUUCAUGCAGCUGUCCAAGGACAUGGCUAAGAGUUACUAUGAGAGUAGUGACUUGACCUCAGCUCUGGGUGUUAUAGAGGACGCUCUGGCACGACACCCCAGCCUGGUCAGCGAUGAUUUCGUCAACAUGGCAGCUGAGCUCUAUAUCGCCAACCGGCAGUAUAGCAAGGCCCUGCAGGUCUUGGGCCAGUUUGCAGGUGUAGUUUUGAUCAGGGAUGAAUCCACAUCAGACGUCUCGGCGCCAACGCAGGAGGAGAAAGCGGCAGAGAAGACGACUGAGGGGCAGGAGAAGAGCAGUGACGAAGACACAAAGUCCAAAACAGCAGAGGAGACGGCGGCAGAGGAGAACGGUGAAAUUAAGGAUGUACAGGUACCAGACAGCGUCCCAGUGGACCUGAGGGCCAAGCUAAUGGUCUGCCUCAUUCACCUGCAUGUCUACACACCCCUGGAGGGACUUGUGUCAUCGCUGAUGGAGCAGAAUCCAGAGGAGAUCGGUGACUUGUACCUGGAUGUAGGUGAAGCCUACCUGGAGCAGGGCGAGUACAUGUCUGCUCUGCCUCUGCUGUCUGCCCUCGUUAUAUCCGAAAAGUACAACCUGGCUGUCGUCUGGCUCCGGCAUGCAGAGUGUCUGAAGGCGCUGGGCCACAUGGAGGUGGCAGCAGAAAGCUACAAUAAGGUGGUGGAGAUGGCUCCGCUGCACCUGGAGGCCCGGCUCUCCCUGGCCACCCUGCAGCAGCAGCUAGGUCGUCCGGAGUGCGCCCUCAAGGCCCUGGAGUCCAUGUACGACAGCGAAACCCUGGCACAGGACUCAUCGGCUGCACAGAAGGAAUUAAAGCUGCUGCUGCAUCGUUCCACACUGCUGAAGACUCAGGGACAAACACAGGACUACCUGGAUGCUAUGAUCACAAUGAUCUCCAUGCUGCUUAAGGUGGCCAUGCAGCGAGCUAAGGUGUGUGUGCGCUCUGUAACCGUGUCGGGCAAAAGUCACCUGCGGCUGGCGGAGGUCAAAGACAUGCUGCCAGAAAUUGCUGACCAUGAAGCCGCCUAUCUAGACAACACUGGUAAAACCAACGUUCUGUCCAAAGAGGACUGGUGGCAGCUGCUGGUGAGCUGCGUGCGAACACUGUGCGAGGUGAAGCGCUACGAGGAGGCCGAGCUGCUGGUGGAGUCCGCCAUGGAGUUCUACUCCUUCUACGACAACAAACCCCGGAGGAAGGAGAUGGAGUUCUUCGGCCUGUCCGCCACCAUCCUCGACAACAACUACUACAAGGCCUACAACUACAUCAGAUUGCUGCUGAUGGAAAACGUGGAUUUGCCUCAGCUUUGGAAUAUUUUCAACCAGCUGACGAUAACGUCGCAGCACCAGCGCCACCAUCGCUUCUGUCUGCGUCUGCUGUUAAAACAUCCCGACAACCACGCCUUGUGUGUCCUUUGCGGACACAACGCCAUGGUGUCGGGGAGCUUUAAACAUGCUCUAGGCCAGUAUGUUCAGGCCUUCCAGACUCACCCCGACAACCCGCUCCACAGCCUGUGUGUCGGCCUCACCUUCUUCCACAUGGCAUCGCAGAAGUAUGUAGCCAAAAGACAUAUGCUGGUGCUGAAGGGCUUCUCCUUCCUGUGGCGGUACGUGGAGCUGCGUGGGGAGUGCCAGGAGAGCAUGUUCAACCUGGGCAGAGCGCUGCACCAGAUGGGCCUCACACAUUUGGCCAUUCAUUAUUACCAGAAGGCUCUUGCAAUGCCUGCACAGAAGCUGGAAGGUAUCCCAGACGAUCAGGUGGAUCUGAGGAGGGAGAUUGCCUUCAACCUCUCCCUCAUCUACCAGGCCAGCGGGAACGUGGAGAUGGCCCGGCAGCUCAUCAACACGCACUGCGUUGUUUGAAAGUGCACGCAAAGAAAAUCCUCAUCUGUGGCAGCGCUUUUGACAAAGAUUCAGCCCCCGCAAAUACCACCUUAUAAAAAAUAUGGAGGACUAAAAAUUUAAUUUUACAAAUCCCAUCAGUUUAUCUAUGUAUUUCAACUUCUCUAGUUCUGUGUAUUGAUUUCUGUUAUGACAUCAGUGGGACGUCACUGUAAAGCAUUACUGGCCACAGGAUAGUUUCAUCUGAGCUGCUGGUGGUGUAUAAAGGUCAGCUGACAGUGAAACGUUAUUUUUAUAACAUGUAUCUAUUUAAUAAUUUAUGUAUUCACGUCAGUAUUCAUGUUUAUUUCUGUAUUUAUUGAUUCAUGAACAAGUCAUUUUUUGUCCUCCAUAUUUAACAGCUUUUGGGUCUUAUCAUAAUAUAUCCUGGCAGUUGUGAUGUGUGUGACUGUGCUUUAAUAUGUUUUCAUAGUAUCUAUGUUUUUCCAUCUUCUCCAUGCUAAAUGAAUGGGAUCAUCAGUUGUAAUGAUCGUUUCAGCAAAUGCACUGAAAAGCUUUAUCACCUCGACAGUUGACUUCUGAGACUGAAGUAGCACCUGAUCAGUUUUUUAGACUGUCCCCCCCCCAGAGUCCCUGCAGAUAUUUGAUUUUUUAUGUCGGAUAAAGUUUAGUUUAGAUCAUUUGCAAAUGUGUGCACAUUGCUAAUGUUGUUCAAGAAAUCAAUAUUUUCAACCAGAACUACUGUGAAAACCCAUUUUGUAAAGACAGCUCUACAAAACAUUUUCAGUGCAAUAUGUUUUUAUAUUUUUGAAUCAUAAAAA